AUGGGGCCAUUUUCAUCAUCAUUAUAUAACAAAUACAUCUUACUAGUUGUAGACUAUGUAUCUAAGUGGGUGGAAGCAGCAGCAACACCUACAAAUGACAGGAAGUAUGAAUUUUGUCACUGCACUGUGUUGGCUUAUCACCCUCAAGGUAAUGGACAGGAGGAAGUAUCAAACCGAGCAAUAAAUAGCAUCCUUGAAAAGACAGUUAAGACUUUGAGGAAGGAUUGGUCAAAAAGGCUCGAUGAUUCUCUAUGGGCUUAUAGGAAAACAUUCAAAACACCCAUAGAAAUGUCACCUUAUCACUUGGUUUUUGGGAAGGCUUGUCAUUUUCCUGUGGAGCUUGAGCAUCACUUAUAUUGGGCUGUUAAGAAAUUGAAUUUCUAUUUGUACAAGGCUGGAGAAAAUAGGCACAUGGAGUUAAAAGAAUUGGAUGAAUUUCGUAAUGAGGCCUAUGAGAAUGCAAAGAUAUACAAGGAGAAGUCGAAGGCAUUUCAUGACAAGCGUAUUCUUCACAAGGACUUUCAACCGGGGGACAAAGUGCUGCUAUAUAAUUCAAGGUUGAAGUUGUUUCCGGGCAAGUUGAAGUCUAGAUGGUCAGGACCUUUCACAAUGGUUACAAUAUUGUCGUAUGGUGCAGUACAAGUUCACAGUGAAAAGACGAGAAAUUUUAAGGUGAACUAUCAACAAUUAAAGCAUUACAUAGAUGGUCAGGUGGAUCAAGUCAAGUCUGUGGAAGUUCUUUGUACGGGGGUGUGGGUGGAGUGCAAUAUUGACAACAUCGAUGCUUUAUAUGGAUUACCAGUGAUGUCGCAGAAGGAUGAUGAGUAUUAUCAGCUGGCCUAUUAUAGUGACAUAGAUUGGAAUGAUGUUGCUGAGACAUUGGGAAUUCUAGGACCUAGUUUUGUGAUCCAAGAUGGGCACCCAAACAAUUUCAAGAGGUUUCAAAUGAACCGAGUGGCUAAGGCUUGGACACUUUUUGUGAGUGUGAGGCUUAUGCCUAAUACUCAUCUAUCUGAAGUUGGGACCGAUCGGUGUCUCCUUGUGUUAUGCCAUCAUGAAGGGACUUUCAGUGGAUAUUGGAAGAGUGAUACACACUAG